CACGUUGCGGAAAAAGCGGACAAUUUUUCUCUUAUUGAGGCAGUUGUUCUUUUUCUUCUUGAUUUCUCUAUUAUUUUUAUUAUUAUUGUUUGGCUUUCUUGUAUUUUCAUUUCUUUUUCCUUUCCAUGCAUUGGCAUCUCUUGGUUCUUCUUGGGACAUUGCUUUCCACAGCUGUCCAGGCACACCAAGUCAUCUAUCAAGUGGUGGCGAACCCACCACCGAAUGCUAGUGUAGGUGUAGCCAUUGGUGAAUAUGUCUACGGUCUCAAGGCAGACUCGGAUAUCCCGAUGCUGUAUCAUGGUCCUGGCCCCAACAAUGAGCCCUAUCGUUACGUAGUCUACGAUGGAACGAACCAACUUCUCGAUUUUGAAAGUUUUGAACGUCCCGCCAUUCAACAUGCUGAACGCACAUUCAAUGAAGUGUACAAUCGGCCAUGGAACAAGCUGAAAUUGACCGAAUUACCACAACUGUACAACUUUAGCUCGUAUAGCAAGAAUGCCGAUCCAGGAGCCAGUAAACUGUUUGAUGAAGGCACAAUUGCGACGCUGCAUUUCCAAGCGCCCAACGACGAGUUGCAUAACAUGCAUACGAACAAAAUCCAAAAAAUCAAGGUCACUGGAACGUUAACGUACAUCAACUAUGAUAACAUCCAACAAAUCGAGGAUGUAGAAAUCAAGAUUGGUGGCCAUUCGAGUCGCGGAUGGGCCAAAGUACCAUACAAAAUCAAGAUUCCCAGCACCGCCGAAGAUGGCUUGCAUCGUCGUUGGGAGCUUAAACUACGCUCGGAAGCCACGGAUCCUACCAUGAUGCGAGAAAAAAUUUACAGUGAUUUGUUAAAAUCCACUGGUGUCUUGGCCGCGCGUGGGGCCUAUGUUCGGGUGUACAUGAACGACACGCCCAUAGGACUUUAUCUUUUGAUGGACGAUGCAGGAUCGGAAAGCUAUAUUCGCGAAACCAUCCACGACGGGGAUCCAUCGGUGACCCUUGGCGCCAUGAUUCAAGGCGAUGCUGGUAAAGGCGAGUAUUCUGCCAGUUUUGAAUUCGAAGGAUUCGAUGAAAGUCUGUAUGACGAACGCGUCUACGAUGUCAAAACCGAGGGACCGGAAGGCGAGGGCACCGCCAUGAAGUUCUUGUUGCAAUUCAUGGAUUUCAUCAACCAGUAUGAGCCGAGUGAACAACCCAACGACGUUCAAGCACUCAACGUCUGGCAACCAAAAAUUGACAUGGUACGCUAUGUUCGACAAAUGGCCUUGGAAUGGAUAGGUGGUAGUUGGGAUGCCGUGAUUUACUCUGGAAACAAUUUCAUGUUGUAUCGCCAUCCGCAGACGAAGCAAUUUAUCAUGGUACCCAUGGAUUUCGACUACACCUUUGGCAACGGUCUCGAAGCCGAUCAGCGUUAUAUAAUGACAGGCACUUGGCAAGAGUUUACUUCAAACCGUAAACCGCAUUCUUAUCUUUGGGAAAAGGUCAAAGCCACCGCUUUCCUGGAGGCUCUCUACGAGCAAACUCUCAAAGAAAUCAAUGAUCAACUAACGAAUCCCGAUGUCUUGCUGAAACGUAUUGACAGCAUGGUGUACUUUUUGCAACAUGAUGUCGCAUGGGAUCGCAGUCUCGAUAAAAUGACGGCAGGCCUGGUUAAGCCGUGGACAACCGAUGAUUUCGUAAAGUCACUCAAUCAAGGCCUUGGCGAGACGGACAACCUCGUGGGUCUGGAAGAGUGGAUCAAACUAAAAUAUAACUCCACCAACACCUAUUUUGCUGCCAAAACCGAUGAAGCGCAGGGUCAAGUUGCACAGUAACCGCCACCUUUUGUCGCUCUUCUAAAAAAUCAUGCCACUUGUCCCCGCGAGAAUGUUUUUUUCUCGGCAUUCCGGCCCAAUUCACCAUUGGCCUCCUUUUCUUUUAUUUUGGUUUUUUUUCUUUCUCUCCAUCUAUCUUUUUUUUUAUAAAAUGUUGUUAGAAACGGUACGAGAGAUUUAUAAACUCUCUUUAUCUACCCCAUCCCUAGUUCAUGUUUGGCCAUUGGUUACUGUAAGCCACCGUUGU